AGCUAACAGCCGGUUUCUUUCUUCACACACGUCGUCUGCGAUAAAAUUUUGAUGGUGACAGAAUUGAAGUAAAAUUUGAAUCGGAGAUAUGGCAGCAGGAGCAAAUGUUGGUCGUGAUGAGGCGUAUACCACCAUCAACAAUGCUGCAAUUGCAGUCACCACCACCACUGCUGCCACCACCAUCAGUGCUACUAAUGCCACCACCACCAAGUCUGCUUCUGCCACUGCCAUCACCAUUGCCACCGCCACUACCAAGACCACUCCUGACACAAAGCCCCCAAGUCCUCAACUGACCAGAUAUUGCAGCUGGAGAAGGAUAGACCAGGAACUUCAAAGCCAGGGCUUGCCGGUCUCCUACAAUAAGAAAAAUGCCAAGGGCCCAUCUAACGAACUUGUUGCAGAAUAUUUGGCCACAGUUGUAGAAAAGCAGAGACUAACAUGCAGCCACAGGUGAGGCUUUGUCCACAUUUCCAGAAAGACACAAGAUAGUAUCAGAAAGCCAUGUCAAAAUCAACGACUGAAGGGUUUGGAGAGCCAUACAAAGAUCCUAGUAAUGUGAUUUCACCUGUACUUCAAUCACAUGAACAGCAGCAGGAGCAAAAACAGCAGCAACCACACAGGAGAUGUAACGACAGAAUUGGCCAACAGCAACAACAACAACAGCAGCAUAAACAAUUUCUGCAGGAGGUGCAAAAACCACACCGGCAACCCCAACAACAUCAAGAUGUCCAACAACCACUCCGGGAACAUUAACAGCAACCACAACUUCAGCAAGAACCAACAGCAGCAGCAACAACAGCACUUAUGAAAUGAAUUUAAUUGAAACUCAAAAGCCAAUGAGGAAACAUCUUUUACAAAAUGAGACAUCAUUUGUUCAUUCUUUUACAGGAUAAAGGAAAGCUUUUUUGAAAGUGUAAAUUUGCAGGAACACAAUGUAUGUUCCCUCUGUAUCUAUUUAUUGAAAUAAAUUUGACUUUAAAAAGAA